GGGAACGCAGGAGAGGGAGUAGUUUGGCCCUAGUUCAGUUGUUGUUCGCAAGUUAUUCAAUUUGGGGAAAAAUGAGAGAAAUUGUGCAUCUACAGGCGGGUCAGUGUGGAAACCAAAUUGGAGCGAAGUUUUGGGAAGUGAUAAGCGACGAACAUGGCAUCGACCCUACGGGAACCUACCAAGGAGACAACGAGCUGCAGUUGGAGAGAAUCAGCGUCUAUUUCAACGAGGCAACAGGUGGCAAGUAUGUUCCUCGAGCUGUGCUGGUGGACCUGGAGCCAGGCACCAUGGACUCUGUCAGGUCUGGUCCCUUUGGGCAGGUGUUCAGACCAGACAACUUUGUCUUUGGUCAGAGCGGAGCAGGUAACAAUUGGGCUAAGGGCCACUACACCGAGGGAGCCGAGCUGGUGGACUCGGUAAUGGAUGUGGUGAGGAAAGAGGCAGAGAACUGUGACUGCCUGCAGGGCUUCCAGCUCACACAUUCUCUGGGCGGAGGCACUGGCUCGGGGAUGGGCACCCUGCUCAUCAGCAAAAUCCGAGAGGAAUAUCCCGACAGGAUCAUGAACACCUUCAGUGUGGUGCCCUCACCUAAGGUAUCAGACACAGUGGUGGAGCCCUACAACGCCACGCUGUCUGUCCACCAGCUGGUGGAAAACACGGACGAGACCUUCUGCAUCGAUAAUGAGGCCCUGUACGACAUCUGCUUCCGCACGCUCAAACUCAUCACGCCCGCCUACGCUGACCUCAACCACCUUGUCUCGGCCACCAUGAGCGGUGUGACCACCUGCCUGCGUUUCCCCGGCCAGCUUAAUGCUGAUCUGAGGAAACUGACCGUCAACAUGGUGCCUUUCCCAAGGCUGCAUUUCUUUAUGCCAGGCUUUGCCCCCCUGACAAGCCGUGGCAGCCAGCAGUACAGAGCACUGACAGUGCCCGAACUCACUCAACAGAUGUUUGAUGCCAAGAACAUGAUGGCAGCCUGCAACCCGCGCCAUGGCCGCUACCUCACCGUUGCCGCCGUCUUCCGCGGCCACAUGUCCAUGAAGGAGGUGGAGGAGCAGAUGUUGAACAUGCAGAACAAGAACAGCAGCUACUUUGUAGAGUGGAUCCCUAACAACGUGAAGACAGCCGUGUGUGACAUCCCACCUCGUGGCCUUAAGAUGGCUGCCACCUUCAUCGGCAACAGCACAGCCAUCCAGGAGCUGAUCAGGCGCAUCUCCGAGCAGUUCACCGCCAUGUUCCGCCGCAAGGCCUUCCUCCACUGGUACACAGCCGAGGGCAUGGAUGAGAUGGAGUUCACUGAGGCCGAGAGCAACAUGAAUGACCUGGUAUCUGAAUACCAGCAGUACCAAGAUGCCACCACUGAGGAAGAGGGAGAGUUUGAGGAGGAAGGAGAGGACAUGGUCUAGUCUCAUUUAUCUGUUCAGGCGACCUAAUAAAAUUUUAUCUGAUCACUAUGUAUAAUUUUAAGAUGCAAAGAAUUGUCUAGGAUUAACCAAACAUGUUAACACAAACGUACUUGUUACUGACAGUUCAGAAAUUUGGAUGGUUUUAAUCAACUGAAUGUUUGUGAUUGUCCUAUAUGGUGUUCACUCCAAAACGAUUUCAUCUCUAAAUUUGCUUUUUUUUUUCCUACUCAGCCCCAGCCAAACCCAUGAUAAAAAAAACUUGAGUGUAAAAAGGUGUCAUGAGAAAUUGCUUUUUCCAUUCAAGACAGACUUCUAAAACAACAAAUUGACAACUUUUAUUAAGGACGGGAGAAGAAAUGCAAUCAAAAUAUUGAAUUGUUUUUCAGCAAUGGGCUUGGUUAUCCACAGUCCUUUAAAAUGACUGUCAUUUUCUGUCAUUUUCAAUGAGCUAAAA